AUGUGGUACACCCCAGGCGUGCCGAUUGAUCCAAAUUUUGAACGAACGAUACAGCUGCGAAUAAAGGAGCUGCUUGGAUGUAGAUUUGAUGGGUUUGCCGGGGCACAACCGGUCAGUUUUGCAGCAUCACACUUUCAUCUACUGGAAACAGAAGACUACUUUGUAUGUGAAAAAAGUGAUGGCAUUCGAUACUUGAUGUUUGCAACUAAUACGCCAAAAGGACCGGCAACAUUCUUUGUAGAUAGAAAAAAUAAAGUGCAAUAUAUAGCUGACUUGAAAUUACCGCUUCGUGACACACCAAAUAAAUAUCAUCACGAGACUAUGAUGGAUGGGGAGUUGGUCGUGGAUCUUGAUCGUGACAAAAAAAGUGUGCGCUUUUUAGUUUUUGACUUGAUGGUUAUUAAUGGUGCUGUUGUGACACAACGGUCAUUAAGUACACGACUUGGGAUGUUUAGACAAGAUGUUAUUGAUCCGCUGCGGACAGCACUGAAGAAUGAUCCAGAAUUGGCAAAAAGACAACCGUUCACGUAUGUUAUUGAAAUGGAGCGCUCAUACGGGCUACCGAAAAUAUUCCUACAACUGCCACAUCUAAAACAUGCAAACGAUGGGCUAAUUUUCACGCCUGUCAAACUUCCGUAUUCGUCUGGAACUUGUCCAAAAUUACUCAAAUGGAAGCCAGCAAACAGCAACACGGUCGACUUUAAAAUCAACGUGGUAUGGAACACUGAACGAAAACCACGGUACGAGCUGCUGAUUGCAUGUAAUGGUGUGCAUAAGCGGUAUGAUCAGUUGACGCUGGAGGAGGAGUUGGCCGCAAAAUGGCGAAGAGACCCUCCAAAUAAUCGUAUUGGCGAGUUUUGGUGGGACCCGAACUGGAAAACUACUAUUGCUAACGAUGAUGGAUAUGCACCCGUUGUUCGUGCGGGUGGAUGGAGAUUCCAAAGAUUUCGUGACGACAAAGAGUUGGCGAAUGACGAAAAAGUCUUGAAGAAAAUAUGGAACAGUAUACAGGAUGCUGUAUCUCAAGAGAUGUUGGAAGGACACUGUGACAUAAUCCGCAGAGGUUGGAAAGAACGAGAAAAGCCGCCGCUACCACCACCACUACAAACGUCAACGACGCCAAAAAAUCCCCCCACAACAUCGACAACUACAAAAACAGCCUCUCGUGAUGUUUUGCAAUCUCCGGCAUCGCAUCAUUCAACGACAAGUUUUCAAGAGCUGAGUCCGACUUCUGUACAGGCGCCAACAUUAUAUCGCAAUGAUAACGCAGCAACGUCUUCGAGUAGUCGCACUCGACCUGUUCCGCAGAAAAGGCAAUCAAAAGCAAUGCUGGAGUUUAUAUUAAAUGAUUCACCGGAUCCGGAAACAAAACGAGCGCGAUACGAGUAG